AUAGCAGGGUGGAACUGCAGGGUCUUUAGGGUUGCUUCCCACCCAAGCGAAUCUGUGAUGAAAAGAAGGUUACAAAUGGAUACAGGUCUACAGGAAACCCCCUCACUGGUUCCACCGCUCACAACACAAUUCUGUGCUCUCAGCUUGCCUGUGCAGCUGCUCAGUCAGAAAACGACUUUGUCUGGAGCCCAUAAAUGCAGGAAUUAAAUAACCAUUGAGAAAUUAACCUGAGGCUUACGGUGGACCAGCUCCAAGCCGUUAGUCCCACACUACAGUCCUCAUACAUGAUGUAUGAGGAUACAGAUUUGGGGUUUGAAGGAGCCCGUGGUGGAUGGAGGGUGUGGGAGCACAGGGAGCCCACAUCAGGGUGUGUGAUAACGCCUUUCUUUCCUCAUACAUUGUCCAACUUAGUGAAUAACAACAUUAAAUUUUGGCCUUAUUUUCCACAAAAUGUCACUGCACUGAAAAUGGGAAUGUGAACUACAGGGUGCUAACACGCACAGAGAACAUCUCACGUGGGUUUUGUGAGUACGAAAGGGGCCAGUGAAUUCUAAUUUAGAAGCCAGGAUGGAGGUCUUAAUGCCUGAACCUCAGAUUUAUGUGGAAAGAACUCUGGCUAUCAUCAAACCAGAUGUUAUUGAUAAAGAAGAAGAAAUAGAGGAUCACAUUGUCCAAUCAGGAUUCCACAUCAUUCAGAAACGGAAGCUCCAGUUAAGCCCAGAGCAAUGUAGCAACUUCUACGCAGAACAAUUUGGAAAAGUGUUUUUUCCUAAUUUAACAGCCUAUAUGAGUUCUGGUCCUAUAGUUGCUAUGGUUCUUGCUAGAAAUUGUGCAGUCUCAUACUGGAAGGAAUUGCUUGGACCAUCCAACAGCCUAAGAGCUAGGAUAACUCACCCUCACAGCUUGAGAGCACUGUAUGGGACUGAUGAGCUGAGGAAUGGGCUCCACGGCAGUCUCAGCAUCUCCUCAGCAGAGAAGGAAAUUCGAUUCAUAUUUCCAGAAGCAAUCUUGGAGCCAGUUCCCACUGGACAAAGAGCUCGGGAUUACCUGAACCUGUAUGUGAAGCCCACGCUGCUGGCGGGGCUCACGGCCCUGUGCAAAGAGAAGCCAGCAGACCCCAUGAUUUGGCUUGCUGACUGGCUGAUUGAACACAAUCCUAACAAACCUAAACUACAGUAUCAUGUCUCUCAGUAAGAGCAUCGGCGGUGAGAGCUUGGUGGAAACCAUCUCACACAUUCCCAGUUACAGCUGUGUAUUGUCAUUGCCAUGUGUCAUUUGACUGUAUCACCAAUGCUACCUGAAGUAAAUGCAUUUGUCAUACUUGUGUUCUCAUGGGAUAAAUAACCUUAAACUUAACCAGGAUGCAGUGGUUCUAGGACAUUCUCUACUAAGUCAAUGUAAAAUUACACAAUAAAUUUAUGUCGUUGGGUAAUUUGAAACAGACAAUGUUCUCAGUGGGUGUGACUUACUGCUACUGUCCACAUUUUACUUGGUUUGUUUUGGGAGAACAAAAUCAUUUACAGCAGUGUGGAUUCCCAAAUGAUAUCCACCUGGCCUAUGCUUUGGUUGUGUUUCAGCAAUUUUUAGCAUAAAUUCAGUUAUGAAGGGAGGUACUUGGAUAUAAUGUAGAAAGUAAUUACUGGAGGCAUAUUUGGAACUUUGGAAUUUUAAUUACUGAUUACAUCACCCAGCUAAGGUUGUUUUUGAAGAUUAUUCACUUAAGUCUGAUGUAUUUUGUCAGAACGUAAUUUGAAGGACUUAUUUGAAGGUACAUUCAAUGCACCUUUUCCAUCUUGGUGGCAAAAGGCUCAGUGACUAUAAAUAACAAGAAGAUGUAUUUUAGUCAAGGACUAAGGUUGCCUUCCAACAUUUGUUUGCAAUAAAGGUGUUUAAUUUGAA